ACCAAAAUUAAAUAAAAAUCCCAAAAAAAACAAAUUAAUAAUAAAAAAAAAAAAGAGAGAAAAUCGGAGUCUGGAAAAAAAGAGUAAAUGGGAAGCGACGACUGACUCUUCUUCCUCCUCCUCCUCCACCUCUUGUUUAGGUUCUUAGCACUGAAAUUUGAUCAGAAGUAAGCUUGUGGGUUAUGAUCUUAUUACUUUGUGGGUAUUGAUUUUGUCGAUCGGAUUCAGAGUUUUUCUCUUUUCGAUCGUUUUACUUAUCCAGUACACCAAGGCAAGGUUUGCGUGUUUCUUUUCAUGUCAUAUCAAGUGUUUUUGUGUUUUGUGAAGCUCUAGGUAAUCUAUGAGUUCUUGCUUUAGCUUAUCUCAUUAUGGAAUUAUCGGAUCUGUGUCUACUUUUUUGGGUUUUGUGGGAAAUGAUGAUUUUAUUUUUUUCAUCCACGAGUUUUCUCAUAUGACCUCUCAUUUUUCUUUGUUUUCUUUGAAAUAAAAUUAUGGAAUUCAAUGAUGAAGUUACUAUUUUUACCUAGUUGAAGCUGAGCUGAGUUAUUAAAGCAUCUGAUUUCAGCUUAAUUCACGAAAAUUUUCAUUCUUAUACUAACAUGUAUAUAUAUGUUUCUAUUUUAGGGUGUUGACGGUGUAGAGCUUCACGAAACAUAAACUUUCAUUUCUUCUAGCUUCUUGAUUUGCUCUUAAAGGUGCAUGUUGAAGUGAUUGAAAGCGAUUUACAUGUGACUUGCAGCUCGGUCAGACAUUAUACAUUACACUCAACACGAGAUUGGAAAGGAUGCUUGAGAAUCCAAAGUUCGAUUUGCACGCUGUUGGCAAUCACAACAACGACAACAAUUACUAUGCCUUCACCCAAGACUUUUAUCAAAAGCUCGGGGAAGAAGGUACAAACAUGUCUGUUGACAGUAUGCAGACAAGUAAUGCUGGAGGGUCUGUGUCAAUGUCUGUCGAUAACAGUAGCGUUGGUUCGAGUGAUGCUCUUAUUGGCCAUCCUGGUUUGAAGCCUAUGCGCCAUCCCUACUCUCUCUCGGAUGGCCAAAGCGUAUUUCGGCCAGGAAAAGUUACUCAUGCACUUAACGAUGAUGCCUUAGCACAAGCGUUGAUGGAUAGUAAGUAUCCAACCGAGGGACUGGUGAACUAUGAAGAGUGGACAAUAGAUCUGAGGAAACUACAUAUGGGUCCUGCUUUUGCUCAAGGGGCUUUUGGAAAGUUAUACAGAGGGACUUACAACGGAGAAGAUGUAGCCAUUAAGCUACUCGAGAGGUCAGAUAGCAACCCUGAAAAGGCACAAGCCCUCGAACAGCAGUUUCAGCAGGAAGUUUCUAUGCUUGCAUUUUUGAAGCAUCCUAACAUCGUUAGGUUUAUUGGUGCGUGCAUUAAACCGAUGGUGUGGUGCAUCGUGACUGAAUAUGCAAAAGGAGGGUCUGUCAGACAGUUUCUGACUAAGAGACAAAACCGAGCUGUGCCUUUGAAGUUAGCUGUUAUGCAGGCGUUGGAUGUUGCCAGGGGUAUGGCUUACGUCCAUGAGCGCAACUUUAUACACCGGGAUCUAAAGUCAGAUAACCUCCUCAUAUCAGCUGAUCGGUCCAUCAAGAUUGCUGAUUUUGGUGUUGCAAGAAUUGAAGUUCAAACCGAAGGGAUGACACCAGAGACUGGAACUUACAGAUGGAUGGCACCAGAGAUGAUCCAGCACAGACCCUACACUCAAAAAGUGGACGUGUAUAGUUUUGGAAUCGUGCUGUGGGAGUUGAUUACAGGUCUGUUACCGUUCCAGAACAUGACGGCGGUUCAGGCUGCAUUUGCAGUGGUGAACAGAGGAGUCCGUCCAACAGUCCCAGCAGAUUGUCUUCCUGUGCUUGGAGAGAUCAUGACACGUUGCUGGGAUGCGGACCCUGAAGUCCGUCCUUGUUUUGCAGAGAUUGUCAAUCUUCUGGAGGCGGCGGAAACUGAGAUAAUGACGAAUGUGAGAAAAGCCCGUUUCAGAUGUUGCAUGACGCAACCAAUGACAGUCGACUAAUCUGUUGUGAAGAAAGAGAGAGGAGAAGAAGAGGAAUGAACAAAGAAGAGAACAUAAAAGAAAAAAACAGAGAGAGAGAGAGAGAAAGCAAGAAGGGCUUUAGAUAUAUGUAAGUUUGUGUGUGUAUCUAUCUAUCUAUAUAUAUAUAUCCGAUUGUAUCUCUUUUCUCAAGAUAGGAGAAGUAACCCAACCAUUUUAGACUACUGAUUUUCUAGAUUUUUGUAUUAAGAAAGAACAACGAAAAAAUUAGAUGUACGGUGAUUGUCUCAAGUGUUUGGUUUAGUUUUCCUUGAAUUUGAUGAUGCAUACUUUUCUCCUUUCAGAAC